ACUUUUAUUUAAGGGAGUCUUCCCCCUUUGAUGAUUCUAUCUUAUUCUUAUCAUCAUCAAUCAGUUCCUUCAUAAACAAACAAACUCAGCUUGAACAUCUUUUAGAUUGCACCAGGAGUGCCUUGAACACAACUACCUUGAAGGUUAAUAGACGAUACAUUUACGAUACCCAGCAGACUAAGACAGUCGAGCAAAUCACUUCAACUAUACACCACAUACAACUGUUCAACUUUACAAAUAUCACAAUGGCUUUCGGAUCUUCUCGCACCAGAACCUCUUCUGAGGAGCAGCGCGGACGAAGCACUGAGCCAAUUCCCCUCAUGGAGUCUAAGCAACGAACAAACUCCUACUCCAGCGAGUUCUCGACCCAGUCUACGGCAUCUUCCACAACCAAAGCUUCCCGCUCUUGGUUCAAGGCCGCACCUCAGCCAGUAAACAACGUUACCUAUUGUGGCCGCCAUUCAAGCCAGUUCCUCUUUGGCGGCCCUUCUCUGGCUGAUCUCGCCCGGGCGAUGUUGGGCAAGGAUUGAAGUGUCAGCUGUACGAGCACAUACGAACAAGAACAAAGAAACCCUGCCCUGCAGCAUCACUAUAGCAUGACCGCCUAAUCACGCCAAAGCAACACAACACCUUAUGCUGGCUGUUUCACACUCACUCAUCGUCACUGGCUGGUACGGGACGGACACUCUCAUUCAUUGGGAAGCGUGGCGUCUUUGGUAUGGUUAAAAACAAUUCUCUAUCCAACCAGGCGCAAUUAGGGAAACUGUUUUAAAAGUCGGGGUGGGAAUGACUGUACCACAAGAGACAUGAUACCAUUAUGUGUAACAAUACCUAUUACAAUGAGUCCAUGAAUUCGAUACAUUUACAAAAUCUGUUAAAACCUGUUUCUAAAAUUGGUGUGAUGUAUAACAAGAAAAAAAAAGUCUGAUCAGGC